AUGACUAUUCAGCAACUCAUGGGUUCCCUACAAGCAUACGAAGAAAAACAAAAGAGAAAAAUUAAACAAAAGGAGGCUAUGGAGCAACUACUACAACUCAACAUAAAGGAAGCAAAUUAUGCGAAUUACAAGAGCCAAAGAGGACGAGGUCGUGGCCAAGAUCGUGGGCGUGGACGAGGACAUGGAGGAGAAGGAAGAGGCAGUUACAACAACUACUCUAACAAUGGAGAAAGAAGUUGGAAUCCACAAGCAACAAGAGGUCGUGGAAGAGGAAAUUCAUGGUCGAGGUGUGGCAAAUCACAAAUCAAGUGCUUCAACUACAACAAGAUCGGUCACUAUGCAUCUGAGUGUAGAUUCUCGAAGAAAGUUGUGGAGAAAGCUAACUUUGUAGAAGAAAAAGGCAGAGAAGAAGAAACUUUGUUGCUCGCGUGCCAAAACCAAGUUGAAGAGAAAAGAAACAAAUGGUACCUCGACACCGGCGCAAGCAAUCACAUGUGUGGCGAUCGAAGCAUGUUCGUAGAGAUCAAUGAAGCGACAACUAACAAUGUCUCAUUUGGAGAUGACUCAAAGAUACCAGUCAAAGGCAAAGGUAAAAUUCUUAUACGCUUAAAGAAUGGGAGUCAUCAAUUCAUAUUCAAUGUCUAUUAUGUUCCUAACAUGAAGAAUAAUAUUUUGAGCUUGGGACAAUUAUUAGAGAAAGGCUGUGGCAUCCACUUGAAAGAAAAUAGUCUUUUCUUAAGAGAUUGUAGACAUAACUUGAUUGCUAAUAUGCCUAUGUCAAAUAAUAGAAUGUUCCUCUUGAACAUUCAAAAUGAUGUUGCAAAGUGUCUCAAGACUUGCUAUACCGACUCUUCGUGGCUAUGA